CAACGGUCAGUUGCCAAGAUCACACUGAACAAUAUGAACACAGACAAGAAAAACACGAUUCUAAGAGAAGGAUUCCUGGUGAAAAGGAGAUUUGGCUACUUCUCAGGCUGAUCUGAAAUCCAAGUAUCUUACACUGUAUGGUGUCCUCCUGAUGGUCAUGUUGUACACAACUGGAAGGCACGCUGGUUUGUGCUGAUGCAAGACAAGCUGCUGUAUUACAAAUACGAAGGAGGUAAAAGGGACUCAUGUCAGCGAGGGAAAAUCCUGCUCAGGGACUGUGUGCUUACUUGUCCUUUUCUGGAGUGUGAAAAUCGACCGUUGGUGUUCAAGCUCCAGACAGCAAAUGGGGUGGAUCAUUUUCUGGAGGCCUGUUCCCGAGAAAAGCGAGAUGAGUGGGCAGCUGAAAUCACCGCUGCCGUCGACAAGCUGCGGACGGCCGUUGGUGGGGAGAUGACGGACCAGCAAGACACUUCUGGUUCCCAGUUACACAACAUCGAUCUCAGCAAAGUGUUGGACUCAAUGUAUGAUGUCCACAGCGGAAUCAAGAUGAGCCACCAUGUAGAGCAGGGCAACACUUACAGCAACUGUUUCUCGGGUUCAGCCGUGGUGGACUGGCUGGUGUUCAUGCAGCUGGCUCUGAACCGUGUGGAGGCUGUGACGCUGGCCUCAGCCCUGCUCGAGGAGGGUUACCUGCGGACUGUUGGCCUGAAGAGCGUGGAGGCCCUCCGCACCGCCGGACUCAGUGAGCAGUUCAUGGACGACUCCACUGCGCUGUACAGCUUUUCUGACAGUUUGAAGAAGAGAGGCAGUGUGAAGGCCGAGACGUCGCUGUCUGCAGUCGAGCUGAGUGGAAAAGUGAUAAAGAGAGGAUAUCUGCUUAAACAGGGACACAGAAGAAAGAACUGGAAGGUGCGACUCUUCGUACUGCGUUCGGAGCCUGCGUUCCUUCACUACUAUGAUCCCACUAAGGAUGACCUAAGCCCUGCUGGCGGCUUCUCGCUGCGAAGCUGUCUGGUAUCUUCUCUGGAUGAUAAUGGAGUUCCCUCAGGUGUGAAAGGCAACAUUCAAGGAAACCUGUUCAAAAUCAUCACGCAGACAGACACACAUUACUUCAUCCAGGCUCCGACCCACCAGGAGAAGAUGGACUGGAUAGAUGCGAUCAGAGAGCAGACAUAGAGCAGCAGGUUCAAGUGAAAACUUUUUAACACGUCAACUAGACCACCUAACCUGCUAUGAAGAAGACUGAAUUUACACAUUCCAUGAAUGUACUGCAGUAACAAAAUGGGACCAUGCAAUCGAAAUGAAAGUAAUAGUGGACAUAACAUUUCUGUUCAUCUAAUUUCCAAAAGGGAAAGUAAUGCAGUGCUGUAUAUAAUAACAUAGCACUAGCACUUCCAUUUUUCAGCCAAACUUUUACUUUUAAUAUACUUUAAGUACAAUUUGCUAAUAAUACUUACAUACUUUUACUUAAGUAGGAUUUUGAAUGCAGGACAUUUACUUAUAGUGAACAUGAUUUCAUCAUCUCUUGAAAAGUCUCAAACAGCAUUGAAUUUAUUUUCCACCAAAAAUGCCUAAGAAUAUAUUAAAAAGUCUUACAUUUCAUUUACAGAAGCCUUGAAUAUUUUCUUUUGCGCACAUCACGCAGUAGUGUUAGUUUAACAUAUUUUGCAUGUAAAUUGUAUUCU